AUGCCACCGCGGCCUGGCCUGCCUGACACCGUCGGGACUUCAGGGGUAUCGCAAUCCUUGGCCCUCAAGCCGCCCCUGCCUCCAACCUUUCCCACGCGCCUCGCCCAGCAAGCCAGACCCAUCGAGCUUCAGCUCCCGCCCCUCAUCGCCGGCGCCCUGCCCGCAGCAUUUGCCAAGACCGUGGCCCAUGCCCUCGACAACGCCCUCUUCACCCACUACUACCGUGGCGACCAGGACGUCCAGCUAAAUCUCGACCGUGUCGUUGACCGCAUCCUCGUUAAUUUCACCAGACGGCUCUGGCAUGAGCUGUACUACUUCUACCACCAAGCCUCCGAUGCCGAGCACUCUCGCCAGGUCGCUUUGCUGUUCGAGGGCCCCAUCCGCCAGAUCGUCCUCGUUCUCAACGGUCCCGAGACGGCAAAGUGCCUCCUCGACCUUUUGGCCCCGGGCUUAUCUCGGCGGCAGUCGACGUGGUCGUCCAGUGCCCGAGGCAUAGAUUUGCCGCUGGCCUUGCAGCUUCUCUGUGGCUACCUGCACAGGGAGAGACCGGCGCAGUUUCCCGGAGAGCCGCCCGACCAAGUCGCCCGUCUUCUUCACUCCAGAAUCCUCACCGGCAACGCUUCGGCCAAUCUCAUCUCUGAAAUUCGGACCGUUCUCUUGUCUUCGCAUCAUGUUCAGAUGCAUACUGCCGAGUCAGCCAUCUGGAGUAUCCUCCUCGUCAAGUGCCCCCGACCUCCCCCCGCCGAUGGCUUUCGCGCCCUCCAGUUCAAGUACGCAUGUCAAUUGUUCGGGCCAAUGGAUGGCAUAGGCGACCCGGAACUGGUCCGCAUUGGCUCACUGCCCGCACUCACGGGAACUGCCGACGAAUGCGUGUGCACGACUGUUUCCGACUAUGUCAGCCAUGUAUGGCCGCAAUGCGGCUUGAGUGUCUUGCAUUGUCUCGAAGAGGCAGUGAGCAGCGCCUCACUUUCGGUCCACGGUCAAAGCCGGUCAGGAGUUGCUGUGUGGGAUGGUGCAGACGAGGACCGCUCCACCUGCUCGGGACUUCGGCUCAUUCAUGUUGAGAUAGAAGAGACGGAGAUUCGGAUGAGCGUGUCUGCGCGGAUCCCUGCCAUGAUACAGGUAUUCCAACAGAUGAGCUGGACCUUUGCGACGCUCAGCGCCUCGCCAUUUCCCGGCAUGCUCUCUGAGUGUGCCGUCGACAUCUCCAACUGGACUCACGACAACGACUCGGCACAUGUCAACUGUGUCCUGUCACACAGGCCCGUCGCGCACGACGCCUGCCUCCCCUGGCUGCGACAGAUGCAAGGCGCGGCGAUUGCCAGUGGGUUUCCCAUUCAAGGCCUGCCGACGCAAUAA